AUGCUCCGCCGAUACGUAAGUUCGCGACGACGACCCACGUCGUUCCGUCUGCCAGUCUGGAUUUGGGUGCUUCUGGCCUUGGGCGUGCUCGAGUCUGCGUACCAUUGCAGAAGCUUUAGAGUCCCAUUGCCGGUUGAAGAGCAAGAUGAGCCCUUCUACACGUCGUGUCGCGAACCAGAUGUGACCGGCAAGCGCGAGAAUGGAGUGCUUGUCAUGCUGGCAAGGAACAGCGAGCUUGAGGCAGCCAACCACACGGUCGCAUCAUUGGAGAAGCACUUCAACCGAUGGUUCCACUAUCCCAUCGUAUUUUUCAACGACGAGCCUUUUGAUGACAGGUUCAUUGAGGUACUGCGAAGCACAGCCAGUGGAGAAGCGACGUUUGAGGUAAUACCGCAGAGAGAUUGGACGUUUCCAAGAUGGAUCAACAAAACCUCGGCACAAGAAAGUAUUGCCGAUCAAGGCGCAAGAGGAAUAAUACAUGCUGGCCAGGAAGGAUACCAUCACAUGUGUCGAUUCUAUUCGGGCAACUUCUACAAUCUGGAGGUUCUUCGAAAGUACAAGUGGUACUGGCGACUUGAACCGGACGUCGACUUCUACUGCUCAAUAACGUAUGACCCGUUCGUCGAGAUGGCUCGGCACAAGAAGGUUUAUGGCUUCACCAUGUCCCUCUGGGAGGAAUGGGCCACAGUGCCGUCACUUUUCCGACAAACAGCCGAGUUCAAGGAGGCAUUUGAUAUCGCAUCAACGUCUCUGUGGAAAGCUAUGAUGGAGCCGUCAUGGCUGCCAUAUCCUUUGCGGUCGUUGAUGAGUCUCCUACCACACCGCGAUCAGAAUGGCGAUGCCUGGAGCGGCUGCCAUUACUGGAGUAAUUUCGAGAUAGCGGAUCUCGACUUCUUCCGUGGCGGGAAGUAUCAGGCUUUUUUCAGGAUGCUAGACAGCCGGGGAGGGUUCUAUUUUGAGAGGUGGGGGGAUGCUGCUGUACAUUCACUGGCUGUGGGCAUGUUGCUAGAACCCAGCCAAGUACAUCAUUUUGAAGACUUCGGUUAUAGACAUGACCGAAUUUUCCAAUGCCCUGCCAAUGCUCCAGAAGGCCAGCUGACAAGCUCCUGGGCACUCGGAAACGAGUCUUUCUCCCCACCGAUCGACGGCGGAAUCGGUUGCCGUUGCGAAUGCGAUGGCCAGAAAAGAACCAAUUACAACGGAUACUGUUUAAAUAAGUUGAAGGCACCGAAUACUGCGAAACGGCCAUGGUUGUCGUGGUCGCUGUAA